UCCAAUGCCCGAGAACACUCAUUAACUUUUACCUAUUAACCAUAACUCCACAAGUAUAUUCCUUAUUUAACAACCAUCUAAUCACUGGAGUAGUUAUUUCGAAAAAUAAAAAGUACUUUGCAUUUGUUUACCCCCAAGAAUAUCUCCCUAUAUAACAACCUUCCACAUGCACACCUAACUCUUCACAAAAAAAGUACCUCACUUUCAUAUCAUUGUUUUAUUACUCAAGUCCAUUUUUCAUAUAUCCUCCUCAAAAUAGUAAAUAUGUCACCCUUAGAACUAACCUCCUACACCAUUGCACUAGCCAUAUUCAUCUACUACCUCAUCACAACCACCAUCACCCGGAACCGGUACCCCCGGCCGCUUCCACCGGGGCCGAAGCCGUGGCCUAUAGUGGGAAACCUACCACACAUGGGGCCAGUCCCACACAAGGGACUAGCUGCCCUAGCACAAAAAUAUGGACCACUCCUCCACAUGAGACUAGGGUACGUCCAUGUGGUGGCGGCGGCUUCGGCUUCAGUGGCGGCGCAGUUUUUAAAGAGCCAUGAUGCAAACUUCUCAAGUAGGCCUCCAAAUUCAGGAGCAAAGUACAUAGCAUAUAACUACCAAGACUUGGUGUUUGCACCUUAUGGUCAAAGGUGGAGGUUGCUUAGGAAAAUUUCUGCACUUCACUUGUUUUCUGCUAAGGCUAUGGAAGAUUACAAACCAAUUCGUCAGGAGGAAGUGGCAAUACUUACAAAGGCACUAGUAAAGGCAGAAUCAAAUGAACAAGUUCAACUAGGACAACUUUUGAAUGUGUGCACCACCAAUGCCUUAUCAAGGGUGAUGCUAGGAAGGAGAGUUUUUGGCGAUGGCACGGGCGAAAGUGAUGAAAAAUCAGAGGAAUUCAAGGACAUGGUGAUGGAAGUCAUGACCCUUGCCGGAGAGUUUAACAUCGGCGAUUUCGUGCCGGCUUUAGAAUGGCUAGACUUGCAAGGGAUUGCUUCUAAGAUGAAGAAGUUACAUAAGAGGUUUGACAAUUUUCUAGGUGCCAUUUUGGAAGAACACAAGGCUAACUUAAAGGGUGAUCAUUUUGGUGGGGAUUUCCUAAGCACUUUGAUUUCUUUGAAAGAUAAUUGUGAUGGUGAGGGUGGCAAAUUGACUGACACUGAGAUUAAGGCCUUGCUUUUGAAUAUGUUCACAGCAGGGACUGAUACAUCGUCAAGUACAACAGAAUGGGCCAUUGCAGAACUAAUCCGCAAUCCAAAAAUCUUGGCUAAAGUUCAACAAGAGCUAGACUCAGUUGUGGGUCAAGACCGACUUGUAAAUGAAUCAGACCUCCCUAACUUACCUUACUUCCAAGCUGUCAUCAAGGAGGUGUUCCGGCUCCACCCAUCGACUCCGCUCUCCCUCCCUCGAAUUUCAGCCGAGUCGUGUGAAAUCAACGGUUAUUACAUCCCUAAGAACACCACCCUCUUGGUCAAUGUAUGGGCCAUUGCGCGUGAUCCAAAUGUAUGGACCGACCCACUAGAGUUCCGGCCUGAGAGGUUCUUAAAGGACGGUGAGAGGCCUAAUGCAGAUGUCAAGGGUAAUGAUUUUGAGAUUAUUCCAUUUGGGGCAGGGCGGAGGAUAUGUGCUGGGAUGAGCUUGGGAAUUCGUAUGGUUCAAUUAUUGACAGCCACUUUGGUCCAUGGUUUUGACUGGAAGUUGGCUAAUGGGCGGGUGGCCGAGAAGUUGAAUAUGGAAGAGGCUUAUGGUCUGACCUUGCAACGAAAGGAACCCUUGAUGGUCCAUCCACUACCUAGGCUGCCCGCCCUUGCCUAUAAAGCAUCAUACUAAAGUGGUGUUUCAGUAAGAUAAUUUGUAGCAUUCCAAGCAUUUUUACAUAUUGAAUUUGGUUAUAGCUAGAACUUGCACUUGUUUUGUGCAUAUGAGUGUUCCUUGUACUUUCAAUCAAAUAACUAUAUGAAUCACAGAAUGAGGUAUUCAUGCUUUGCUUACUUGA